CCUGCCCGUCCCCCAGCCCUGCCUGUCUCUGCCGCACUUCCCUUGCCCCCGCGUUUCCCGCCUGGCCCGGGCACCACUCUCCGACUCUCUCCCGGGCCCAUGAUAUACUUUUUUUCCCUUGUUAGAGAGAUGUCAUAAAUAAUUUAGCUCUGAAAAAGGGCUUAUUUCAACACACAGCCCCUCGGUGGCACUGCAAAGUCGCCCUCCCCGGGCUGCCCCCGGCCCUUUCCCUCACACCUCGGUGGCUUUGGGGCAGGGCGGGCUCCUAAAGUGCUGUUGUAGAUGGUACCAGCAAAAGAUGAUGCCUAAAACAUUCGUGUAUCUGCCCUCAAAUGCCUCAUUUAGAAAAGUGAAUAUUCGUAAUUUCCUAUUACCUUUCUGUUAAUGCUAGUAAAAAUGAAUUUCUCACAUCUACCUUUUCUGUUUUCCUCCCUGCAGUUCACAAAGUGAGAAAUUCCACUCUUCCUUUUUCAGGAGGUUUUUCAGACUGAGCUGUCUUUGUACUGACUCACUCACUGAGAGAGAUCACUCUCCCUUUCAGUGAUGAACGAGGUUCAGAAGAGUUAUAAGCACAAAUUCUAACUCUCUGGAGUUUGGAAGACUACUACUGCAUCAGCUUUCCACCUGGCAAGACUUGCAUAUGAUUUAUGGGAUGAUGACAUACUCAUAAAGAACUGGGGGAGAACGAUAAGAGAGGGAGAGCAGCUACACAGUUUGAUGUCAUUCUGGAAUAUUGCUGGAAAUGCAGUAGCCUCCUGCCUCUGGCCACUGUAGAUCACAGGAAAUUUCUGACUGUAAAACUCGGGGCAGUGUCUUACAACAGCUUUCAGAACAAGCAAGAACAAUUCAGUUUCAUUUUUCUGGAGAAGAAGUGAGAAGUAACUCAAGAAAAUGACUCUCAUGAUUUUUUUUUUAAUGUUUAUUACUGAAUCUGCCACUGAGAAGGUGUGUCCCCUUCGUGCCUCCAUUGACGUGCUAGAAGGUGAAUAUUUUUUCCUUUGUUAUCUUGAGUCAAUGCAAGAACAUUUUCAGGAAGAAGCAUACACAAUAAACUGGUACAAAGAAAAUGCUGGAAAGCAGCAACUGAUAAAGGAAACAGACAGAAUUGUUUCCCAAAUGAAUUUUCUGGAGUUUUGGCCAGCUGAACUCAGUGACUCUGGGAAUUACUCUGUCACUCACAGCAAUGGAAAACAAAAUUUCACAAUUCAAAAGUGGACCUUGAAUGUACUUGAAAGAAAUAAAAGCAGCUGUUUCAACAAAAAUCAUUUAACUACAGAAAUUAAAAAUGCUGGAACUGGUCAUUCACUGAAAUGCAGUGAUUUGUCUGUCAAUGAAAAUGACAGCAUAACAUGGUACAAGGACUGUAAGAACUAUGAAAAUGAAACAGAGCGGGAACUGGAUUUUAAAACCUUAACAGUACAGCACUCUGGGAUAUAUACCUGUAAAAUUUUAAUCAGUCAUGGAGGAAAGAUAUACCACAGCACAAAUACAAUUAAACUGGUAGUAGAAGAAGAUGCACCAGAGGCUGGCGCUUUGGAGAUAGUUGGACACAAUGAAGAAAUUGAAACAGAAAUAGGUAAAGAAGAGAUACUCAAUUGCACAGGUUUCUUGGGUUAUUAUAUGCGAGAAGAUGCCAGCCUCUACUGGUUAAUUAAUCAAAAGUUUCCAGAAAAAUGCACAGGUAUCCCCGAGAAUGAACCUUCAAUAUGUGAAGAAGAGUUAAAAAAAUUAAAGUUGGGAAACAAGUUCUAUGUCACAACACUAUUACGGAUUAAAAAAGUAACAGACGAGGACAUGCAUCGUAAUUUCACCUGCAUGUUGCAAGCAGAUGAAAGAACACAAAUAAAAAUAGUGAAACUGAAGAAAGGGAAUACCCGAGAUCUGCCUGUGCACAUGUUUACAACUGGGAUGGUCCUUGCUGUACUGUUUCCAUGUGUUGCUGUAGCUGUGGUGUUUGUCUGUGUGAUGUUUAGAGUUGACUUAGUUCUAUUUUACAGGAACAUAUGCAGAAGAGACGACACUGCUGGAGAUGGAAAAGAAUAUGAUGCAUUUGUGUCUUACCUGAAAGACUGCAUUUCUCCUACUGAAGAAGAGAGAGAAUUUGCUUUGAAGAUAUUACCCAUGAUAUUAGAAGAAAACUUUGGGUACAAGUUAUGUAUAUUUGAGAGAGAUGUAUCCCCUGGAGGAGCGGUUGUUGAUGAUAUCCAUUCAUUCAUUGACAAAAGCCGAAGAUUAAUCAUUAUACUGAGCCAGAACUACGUUUCUGACCAAGCCAUAUAUGAACUUGAGAGUGGACUGCAUAAAGCCCUAGUUGAAAGAAAAACUAAGAUCAUAUUAAUUGAAUACAUGCCUAUAAGUGACUACAAUUUCUUGCCAGAAUCACUGUCUCUUUUACCAUCAAAGAGGGUUGUGAAGUGGAAAAAGGAGAAAUCUCUUCCUGUGAAUUCCAGAUUUUGGAAGAACCUUCGGUACCUGAUGCCAGCAAAACCUACCAAGAUAAACACCAAAGGGCACUAUAAUAAUCUUCACGUAGGCUCAGAAGGGGCUGAACCACGGACUGAGGGCUGUGACUUUAAUGUAGUCGUAUAACAAAUCUGGAGACAGAAGCUGCUGCAGAAAACUGCACAUUUUGCUAACUAACAGAAAACACAAACUGCACACUUACUUUGGGAAGAUAGUGUUCAAAAGAGCCCAAGUCUGAGAUCUGAGAAGAACGUAGAAAUUGUUACAGUGGCUAGGACAAUGUUAACCCCAAUGCUAAAUGCUAUCCCAGAGAGAGUUUCCUCAGCGAUUUGUACAAGGAGCAGAAAUUUCAUUCUGCUCAGGACUUACCACAUGGCACGAAGCACAGUGCAAAACAUUUUGAUUUCACAUUUUCCAGUAACGUAGAAUGAUACUAGUUAUACUCGCAUACUUUUUGAGGCCCCUCAAUAAAUACAUCGGUAUUUGCAAAGUAUUAUUAUUUAGAUGCUCCUGGGUUUGUAUUUCAGUAUUUUCUAAGUAAGUAACCUGCUUGGGUGUAGAUGCAAACGGCUCCUGCCCUAGAGAGCUUGGCAUGCAGGCUUUGGGCAAUGUCAAGCAGAAAAAUCAAGUGAAAACAGAGAAAAGGGAGGUUAGAAAGAGUAGGGCAGGUUUGGUUGGGCUAACAGUAUUCACUACUGUGUUGUACAUGGUCUAGACAAGCCAAGCAGGAGUGAUUUGAAGGAAUGGUAAAGACUGUUUCCAUCCUCCUAUUUCACUGAGAAUACUGUAAAUGCUCAUUUUGGCAGGGAGAAGAGGGGCAUGGGAUCGAGAUAAUAGUAUCUUGUUCAUGGACACUGAUAUCUACAUUAUGCCCUGAGCUGCUUUCAGCUGAGGGAUGUAGGGGAUUUAUGUGAAAAUGAGAUCUUCAGUAUGUAUAUACACUCUGCACCCUUUGGAACACUUGUACUUAGUAUUAUUUUUUAAAACAAACUUAGUAAUGCCAUUGAAGACCAUGGUAAUCCUCCCUUAUUAUUAACUGCCUGGCAGAAGGUACCAAUCUGACAUAAAUUCCUGGAUAAAAUGGAACAGUAUUUUCUCCUAGUACCAAUGGGUAGAAAUCAAUGGAGAAUCAUUCUGGAAGAUCUUCUGUCAGUUUGCUAGGAAACCAUCAAGGCUCAGCCCACUCUCAUCAUUAUCUUGCAUUCAACUAAUGCUAGUUCUGAGGAGACGUCUCUUUGACACUGACAAUUCAUGCAGCUGUAGUGGAGGAGCUCAGUUACCUGCUCAGUGCACUUGAGAACACAACUGGAGUGCUGGCUGUCAUGGCCAUGUCUCAAGAUUCAUGAGAAUGAAAUACCUUAUUGUUUGUCAAAUAUCCUGUAAUCAAGCAUAGGUUCUGACAGGUGUUCAGGUAAAAGUAAAGGCUAAAUGUGGAUUUGCAAAAUGGAGACAACACAGUUGCUGGACUAACACACACAUGAAAAAGAACAAAGAAAUAAGGCACACACCUGUGGUGUCCUUCAGAUCAGCUCCAAGAGGUCUCCCUCUUUCUGUCAGGUGACUGAAGAGCUGUUGAAACGUGGUCCUUAGGCAAAAGCCGUUCUCUGGCUUAAGCUUUUACUGAAGAGGAUUUCUGCUCUCUAGAUAUGUGUGUCUUUACAUUUCCAAAUCUUUCUCAAGGUUCAGUUCUUCUCUGCCAGUGUUUCUGGUCAUUUGUAAUCACAGAUCAGUUUUAACAUUCUCCUGCAGGACUAAUGAUUGCCCCUACUUUAGAAAUGCCAUUGGACAUAGUGGGCACAUCCAUUUCUUGACCAAACAACUGACAGAAAAGUUAAUAACUUUCCUGGUACUUAAUGGAGGUUUUAAACUUGCUCCUCAGCCACAUAGUUUUUCACAUGCUGUCAUCAGUGUAUUGCCUAACAACAGAAAGUAUCAAAAGUGCUAUGCUACGCAUGUGAAUACAGAUAGUGCACAUGGUUUGUUAAAAGCUCUGGACUGAGCCUACCCUCUAUGAGAAUCAGCUACUAUAAAUUGAGAUGACUGAAUUUGCUAUGAAUGCCCCCUUACCUCACCUUGGAGAGAUGAUGUGACUGCAUAUACCUGCUAUACCUCAUGAAGCUGUACCCUGAAGAUUGUGAGACCAUACAGAAUUUGACCGCACUGAGGUUUUACAGAAUAACAGAGGACUAUACAUAAGGAAGGUUGAAAGCUAAAUGGCAUUGACUCCAAAGUUGUUUGAAUGCCAGCAAAACAGACAUUCAAAAGUAGUACAAUGAACUACUCGAUAUCUGUAAAAGGCCAAGUAUUUUUGCACAGAAUGGUAUCAUGACACAGUCAAUUAAUCUCUAUAGCUGAUCCUCACUGCCCAUGCAGUGGUAAAGGGAGACAAGGGAAAUUAACAACAUGCAUACUCCUAUUAACACCAGAUGUUGUUCUUAUUGCUCUUACAUCCUGAAUUACUGACUUACUAGGACAUUUCAGUGAUUUAUAUUGCGGUUUUUGUUCCAUUUUUGCACUUAAUAAAACUUUGUUUCCACA